AUGUCGGGUUUUAUAGCGGAAUUACAGAAACAGAUCAAAUCAAAAGGCAAUACAGAAGCUUUCGAAGAAUUAAUUGCAGAUUCCAUUGAAGAAUGCUGCAAAGAAAUGUCUUUUUACAAAUUGCCAAUCGAAAAUUUAGCAAACAUCAUCGAAAAGUGCAAACCAAUGCCUACUGAGCUAGCAUACGAAAUUAUUGGUAAAAUUGCAUUACAACACGGAAAUAAAGCUUGUACAGUUUUGAGAGGAUUGAAAGUCGAUGAAUCUGCAAGUUUGAAUGAUAUUUGCAAUGUAAUAGGCGCAAUAACUGGCUCUCAGAUAUGCAAAUUACUUUCUGAUCAAUCAAAAGUCGGAACAUCUUCAAAUUUUGGCUGGCAACUAGAAAUACAAACUCGUGAUCAGGAAAUUCAAAGACUUAUAGCAAAGUUAUCAAAUGCUCCUAAAAAGGAAGAUAUGGAUAGAAAAGAUGCCGAAAUUCGCAAAUUACAAGAACAACUCAAAUCAAUUCCAAAGAAAGAGGAUUUACUUGAAAGAGAAAAAGAGUACUCAAAAGUUUGUGCACAAUUGGCAAAUUGUCCAAAGAAAGAAGAUUUAGAAAGAAGAGACGCUGAAAUAGCCAGUUUAAGAACAAAACUUGCUAAUGCUGAAUCACAGUUAUCCAAACUCAAAACUGUACAUAAAGAAAAAGAGUUAAAUGAUCAAUUAAAUCAAGAACUUGAUACAUUUACAAUCGAAGUGGAUGAUGACGCAACACAACUGAAGAGACCAAUGGCUAUGUUACAAUUUUCCGAUCCAGAUCAAUGCAUUGCUCAUUUCGAGAAAAGAUUUGACAAAUUAGAUGCUAAAAAGACAGGAUCUAUUGAUUCAAAGGUAUUCCACGUUUUAUAUUGCGAAAUAGAAGAUAAGAAUGUUUCAAUGGAAGAAUCUGAUGCCGUUUUCAAUGGAAUGACUCAAGGAUUAUCUUCUGCAAUUCCAAAAUCUAAAUUUAUUGGAUUUGUUAAGGCAAUCAUUAAUAAUGAUAACAAAGAAGUUUAUCAACACGUUUUUACAGCUUUCGAUGAAGAUCAUUGCAGAAGUCUUGAUAUGGGACAAUUUAUGAAAUGUUCUAGAAUAUUUGAAUGGGGAUUCUCAACGUCUACUGUACAAAACUUCGUUGGCCACUUUACAGGCAAAAAAGACGGAGUUAUUUCUCUUGAUCUUUUCAUGCAGAUGAUUUAUGGACAAGAUCCAGGACACUGGGAAGAACCAAAGCAAGGAAAGUCCAAAGCAUGCUUAUUAGUCUAA